AUGAGUUCAGUUUCAGCUGGAAACGCUGCUAAAGCAUUGGAGUUCAAAAAUAGCGGGAACGUGUGUAUAAAAGAACAGAAUUUCCCUCAGGCCGUUGAAUUUUAUUCCAAAGCGAUUGAGCUCGAUGAUAGACAAUCGAUUUACUUGUCCAACAGGGCUUUUGCUCAUCUAAAACUUGACAAUUUUCAGUCGGCUCUUGAAGACUGCGAUAAAUCUCUGGAGCUGGAUCCAAAAAAUAUCAAAGGGUAUCACCGACGAGGAUUGGCGUACGUGGGGCUGUUGCAAUUCAAUAAAGCCAGAAAUGAUCUCAGGAUUGUGCUUAAAGCAAAGCCCAAUGAACCCACGGCUCUUCGUGCUCUAGACAUGUGCGAGAAGUUUGUGAGAGCCGAAAGAUUUAAAAAGGCGAUCAGCGGUUCCGACUCAGAAGAUAAGGUAAAUGUAUGCGCGACGCUCAAUUUGUCGUCUUUUGACGCAUAUAACGACAUAAAGAAAUACAGCGGCCCCAAAUUGGAAAUCGAGCAAUUGAAAGACGAAAAUGGGAAUCCUGCUGGUGCCCGAGUCACAAACAUGAGUCAAGAGUUCGUGUCUUCGCUUGUCAAUGAUGUUUUCUUAAAAGCGAUUAACUUGCCAAAACAGUAUGCGGCUGCUAUCAUUUCACAUGCAGAACGUCUGUUCCGCGAAGAACCCGCUGUUGUUGAGCUUAAUAACGUUAGAAUGCCUGAGCAGCAGAUAUCUGUCUGUGGUGAUACGCACGGGCAAUUUUACGACGUAUUGAAUAUUUUCCAAAAGUUUGGUAAAGUCACUGAAAAUCACACUUACCUGUUCAAUGGUGAUUUUGUAGACCGUGGGUCAUGGUCUUGCGAGGUCGCUUUUCUAUUUUACUGCCUCAAAAUUCUGCAUCCAAAGAAGAUCUUUCUCAACAGAGGUAAUCAUGAGACUGACAACAUGAACAAGAUUUAUGGGUUCGAAGACGAGUGUAAGCACAAAUACUCUCCCAGAAUUUUUGACAUGUUUUCAAAGAGUUUCGAAAGUCUUCCUUUGGCGACUGUAAUCAAUUCCAAAUAUCUGGUCAUGCAUGGAGGUCUGAGUAGCGAUUCUUCGGUCACUUUGGAGGAUUUCAAGAAAAUCGAAAGGUUCUCACAACCUCCUCGGGAAGGACCAUUCAUGGAACUUUUGUGGUCUGAUCCUCAAGUGGCUGAUGGUUUGGGACCCUCCCAAAGAGGCCUGGGCUAUGCCUUCGGACCUGAUGUAACUGCGAAGUUUCUUUCUGACAAUAACUUGGCUAAAAUCUUCAGGUCUCAUGAAGUCAGAAUGAGCGGAGUUGAAUUUGAACACAAUAAGAAACUCGUGACUGUGUUCAGCGCCCCUAAUUAUUGUGACGCCCAAGGCAACCUGGGUGGCGUCAUACAUGUCGUUCCAGGGCAAGGAACAAUUGGACGCAAUGGGAAUGACGAUGAGGACCUCAUUAUCGAUACGUUUGAAGCUGUAAAACAUCCUGAUAUCAAGCCAAUGGCCUACUCUAAUGGUGGACUGGGGUUUUAA